CUGACUCGGCAGCAAUGGCGACAGCAGCCAGCGAGCGUUGAUCUCUCUGCCCCGUGGAGGGUUUGUUGAGUCUCCAGAAGCGACCGUGGGUUUGCAGAACAAGCAGCGAUGUCUUCUCACCACCUGUCAAUAGCCGGGCUUCUCUCCUGACGUCCGACCGAGAGAUGGAGCAGGAUCCCCGGGCGGAGGCCUCCAGCAUCUGCCAGCAGGAGCUCCUGUGCCACUGUUGCUACGACAUCCUGCUGGACCCCACCACGCUGACGUGCGGGCACAGCUUCUGCCGCCACUGCCUGGCUCAGUGGUGGGUCUCGUCCCGGAAGAAGGAGUGUCCGGAGUGUCGGGAGAAGUGGGAGGGCUUUCCCAAAAUCAACAUCCUGCUCAGGGAAACCACCCAGAAGCUUUUCUGUGCAGACGUGCAGCGGCGGCGAGCCGAGAUCCAGGCUGAUCCCAAUGUCUCUCAGAGCUUGCUGGCUUUCCAGAGGCACGGUGGGAACUCGGGCAGAUCCAACACAAGCCGGCAGAGAGGAGCAAAACUUUUCCUUUACGGAGCCUUCGCCGCCUUCGUGUGCGUGGCUGUGAAGGAGGUGCUGUUUAGCUUCAGCCGGUCUUCACUGGCUCCAGAUGACCAGCGGCCCAACAAGCCGGUGCCUCACUGGACCCCGGAGGAGGUGGGCUCCUGGCUGGAUCAGCUGGGGCCUUGGACUCAGCUCUACAGGGAGUCCUUCCUGGAGCACAGCAUCAAUGGAAGGCUGCUGUUAAUGCUGGAAGAAGAGGAGCUGUUCAGUCCUCCGUUCCACGUCCUGAACACGGCGCAGCGCCGGACCAUUCUAGCCGAACUGGACCAACUGAAAUCCCCGCUGACCAAAACGCCACAGAACCUCUGGGAGUACAAGGAGGAGAAUUCGGGGAAGUCUCUCUUCCUGCUGUACGCUCUGAAGCGCUCGCCUCGCCUCACGCUCUUCUACUUGUAUUUAUUUGACUAUUAUGAAACCUUCCUGCCGUUCUUCUCCGUGUGCUGCCCGCCGGCGAACAACCGCACGGAGAGCAGCUUCCUCUCCACUCAGUUGGAGCCGGGUUGGCCACAGUGGGCGGAGUUCCUGGUCAUGUGCCUGCUGCUGCCGUACAUGCUGAUAGCAGAGUUUGCGUGGAGCUGGCUGUCGGUCCAGUACUGGACCUCCCACUUCAUCAUCGUCAACGCCGCGCUGCUGUCCGUCCUGGAGGGCUUCGCUCUGUGGAGGCUGUGGAACCGGGCGGAAAUCAGGACUCUGCCUCGCAAGAUGUGGAACCAUUCGUGGAGCAUGAUAUUGCAGGGCUUUGCCUUCGCCCUCCUAUGGCCCUUUGUUCCUCAGUUCGUAUGCAACUGCUUCUUCUACUGGGCUCUGUACUGCAGCCCCGUGGUCAACAUCGACCGGGUGGUGCGGCAGCUCAUCUCUCCAGAGACGCAGUAGCCGCCCGCUUCGCUCACCGGCAAGAUGGACGCUGAGGAGAAGCGCCACCUGCUGGCGAAGGUUUUGGCUGCCUGAGUGAAAGGACGAAGCUGUUCAUCGUCUCAGUUCAGUUCGACGCCUUUGAUAAUUUGCCUUUAGUUGACAAAAUGAAUUUCCUGCACAUUUGCCUCCUUUUUUUGUUGAUAAUAAUUUUGUACGUUUGAUUUUCUUAUUUGAGAAAUCGCUUUGUCAACCACAGUUCUUUUCUCAUGGCUGACUUGCACUUUAACCUUUGCACUGCCGUGACCUUCUUCAAUGGCCCCAAAGAAUAAAGUUUUCUCACGUGAGCUCCACUCGGUGACUGUUGUCAGUGAGCUGCGUUUCUGUGCCGCCAGGGAAACCACCCGGAAGCUUUUCUGUGCGGAUGUGCAGCGGACCCCCCACCACCACCGCCCCCCUACUUUUGUUGCACCGAGAUUGAGCAUCAAUUCAACCCAAACAAAUUAGAAUUAACGGCUCAUGAAUUCGGCUCGAUUUACCGAUGGAUCUACGUUCCCACCCUCAACUAUGGUCACGAGCUUUGGGUCAUGACCUAAAGGAUGAGAUGAGUUUCCUCCGCAGGGUGGCUGGCCGCUCCCUUAGAGAUAGGGUGAGGAGUUCGGUCAUCCGGGAGGAGCUCGGGGUGGAGCCGCUGCUCCUCCACAUCCAGAGGAACCAGCUGAGGUGGCUCAGGCAUCUGAUCCGGAUGCCCCCUGGACGCCUCCCUGGGGAGGUGUUCCGGGCAUGUCCUACCGGGAGGAGACCCCGGGGAAGACCCAGGACUCGCUGGAGAGAUGAUGUCUCUGGUCUGGCCUGGGAACGCCUCGGGAUCCCCAGGGAGGAGCUGGAGGAGGUUUGUGUGGAUUGGGAAGUUUCCGAAUGCUGCCUCCGCGACCCGACCACGGAUAAGCGGCAGAAGAAGGUGAAGGUGAAGGCUCAUGAAUGCAAAGUUCUGGCCGCAGGUCGCAGGGGCAGCAUCUGGGGCGAACCAUACUGUACAUUAGACGAGGUUGCCUUCCCACAGU